UGAGAGAAACAAAAAUAGCUGGGAAUGAUUUGGAUGAUACCCAAAUGAGUCACAUGAAAAUUGAUAGCCCAGCUAAUGAAGAUAACAGCCAUUGCAUCCAAACCAAAAUGACUGAAAAACACACCCCUUUAUUCUGUACGCCGCCAAAGUCAAAGUCAUCAUCAGCACUGCUACCAUCAUCGUCAAAGUCAUCAUCAGCACUGCUACCAUCAUCAAAUAUGUCAAAUUCAACAGCACUGCUGCCAUCAUCAAAUACGUCGAAUUCAUCAGCACUGCUACCAUCGUCGUCAAAUACGUUGAAGUCAUCAGCGCUGCUACCAUCAUCGUCAAAUACAUCUAAGUCAUCAGCACUGCUAGCAUCGUCGUCAAAUACGUCAAAGUCAUCAGCACUGCUACCAUCAUUGUCAAAUACAUCUACAUAUACGCAGCCCAGAUACAGCAUGCAGGUCAGUAUAUACAGAGUUGCCUGCAGUAGUAACUGGCAACCUGCAGGAUCAGAAUGACAUUUACAAUUUUACUGAUGAAGACGGAGUGGAAGAUAUGGAAGGUGGAGAGAGAGAGGUACAAACAGGGCAGAAUGAAAAAGGCACGCCAGGAGAACAUAAUGAAGGCGAAGGAGGUGAAGAACAUAAUGAAGGCGAACCAAGUGAAGAACAUAAUAAAGGCGAAGCAAGUGAAGAACAUAAUGAAGGCGAAGC